ACGGCCUGCUGAGCCCGCACACACACACACACACACUCACACACACAGUGCAGAGAGGACGAGCGGCAGCAUGAACAGCAGAGUGAGAGCAGAAGAGUGCUGACUAGGCUCCGAAAGAGAAAAAGCCGGCCAUGGGCAACGCUCAGAAGAAAGCUCCAGGUAAAGGAGAAGAAGGAGGGUCACACCAUUCACGACCCGGGACCCCCGGGGCCAACAGGAGCGCCAGGUCACAGGAGCCCCCUGGGAAAAAGCCUGAGGUUAAUGGCACUCACCCUGUGGAGCGGCGGGUGGGGGAGGAAAGCCAGAGCAUUAGCCCUACCGUGAGCGGGACGGGGGCAGAAAACUGUAACCUGGACGCUCCAGCUGGAGCCCUGCCCCCUCCACUCGCCCGGCUAAAGAAUGAGGGCAACAUGCUGUUCAAAAACGGGCAGUUCGGAGACGCGCUGGACAAAUACACCCAGGCCAUAGAGGGGUGCGAAAGAGAAGGUGUCGACAGUCCUGAGGAUAUUUGCAUUUUGUACUCCAACAGAGCAGCUUGUUAUCUCAAAGACGGAAAUAGUUCAGACUGCAUUCAGGAUUGCACCAGAGCCCUGGAGCUCCGUCCCUUCUCCCUGAAGCCCCUCCUCCGCAGAGCCAUGGCCUACGAGUCCCUGGAGCGCUACAGGAAGGCCUACGUGGACUACAAAACCGUCCUGCAGAUAGAUGUCAGUGUGCAAGCGGCUCACGACAGUAUCCACAGGAUCACGAAGCUGCUGAUCGAGCAGGACGGUCCGGACUGGAGAGAGAAACUUCCGGAGAUUCCUGUGGUUCCGCUGUCAGCGCAGCAGCACCGCAGAGAAGAGCCCAGCGCUGAGGCUCUACAGGCCAGAGCGGCUCGAGCAGAGCAGGAGAAAGCCAGACAGACGGAGGCGCGCUUCACUCUGCUGAAGCAGGAGGGCAACGAGCUGGUGAAGAAAGCCCAGUUCCAGAGCGCCAUGGAGAAAUACAGCGAGUGCCUCAAGCUCAAACCCAGCGAGUGCUCCAUCUACACCAACAGAGCGCUGUGUUACCUCAAACUGGACCGAUAUGAAGAAGCGAAGCAGGACUGCGAUUCAGCUCUUCAGAUUGAGCCGGCCAAUAAGAAAGCGUUCUACAGACGGGCUCUCGCGCACAAGGGCCUGAAGGAUUACUUGUCCUCCAGCACCGACCUGCAGGAGGUUCUUCAGCUGGACCCGAACGUGCGGGAGGCCGAGCAGGAGCUGCAGGAGGUCACGGUUCUCCUGAGGGAGAGUCUACUGACCGCUCAGGGCUGAUGGUGUUGGAGAACAUAAACAGACGUGAUGAGUGGGGAACUGUGGGAAGAAGAAGCCGUCUUCCAUCAGAGCGAGACACGGUCAAUCCACCAACAGCAGCAGCACCGCAGGAGCUCCAGCCCAACGAGCUUCAGCACAAAGACAGACGGGGAUCAUGAAGAAAAACCUCGAGGAACAUUUCAUUCGCUAAAGCAGGUUCCUUGUAAUGAGGAGCCAGAGAAGAGCAUAGCUAAUGACCAGAUUCCUCAUAGAUCAGCCGGUGAAACUGAAGCUCAGCCCGAGUUUCGCCAGCUAACAUCCCUGAUAUACAGUAUAGAUGCAUGUUGAUUUUGCCACCUGUUGACUGUAGCUUUGAAUUUCCAUAAACAGUCAUGCUGGAGAUCGUAUUUGGAAUCACUGUACAAACCUCAGUUCCAUGAACGUUGGGACAGUAUGUGAAAUGCUAAUGAAGACUGAGAGCAGUGAUUAGUAAAUUUUGGUCUGUAUUAAAUUAAAACCAGAAUAAAAAGAUCAUAUUUGUUUUAUCUUAUAAACUUUUUUAAAAUAUAUGUUAAUUCCAAGUUUGUUGCCAGCAACACGUUCCAAAAAAAGUUGGGACAGGAGCCAAGGUGCGAAAUACAGGGGGUCCUGGGGGGGUCCGGGACCCAAUAACUAAUCUCUUGGACCCCCUGAAUGUCAAAAUUCUGAGGGGUCCCUUAACUUAUGCAGUUUGUUAGGGAAAAAUAGACCCUUAAAUCAG